AUUUGGAACUACUUCUUCAUCUUCACUGUAAGCUUUGAUAAACCAACACACAGUUCCGUUACAAAGCCCGCAAGCAUUAAAUUUCCGAUCACUUGUUGAGAUCAUAUCAUGGCUGGUGCACUUGUUGGUGGAGCUUUUCUUUCUGGCUUCAUUAACGUUGUCUUUGACAGGUUCCUUACAACUGAUACUGUCAACUUGGUCCUGGGAAAGAAGCUUGGCUCUGACUUGAUUCAAAGGCUGAAGACCGCUCUCUUGGGUGCUGAAGCUCUUGUUACUGAUGCUGAGAUGAAGCAGUUUGGCAAUCCAUCGGUGAAGAAGUGGCUCGAUAAUCUCGGGGAUGCUGUUUACUGUGCUGAGGACUUGCUGGACAGUGUCCUCGCCAAAGCUGCCAUACAAAAGGAGGAAAGUUCUCCCUGGUGGUCCCCUAGCUUCGAUGACAUGUUAGAGAAGAUGGAAGGGGUAGUUAGAAGAAUAGAGGAUCUUGGAAAACAAAAAGAUUUCCUUGGUCUUGAAAAGAUUCCCACUGGUAGCCCAAUUGGUAUACAACAGCGAGCAGGAGUUCAUGAAAGGGUUUGAUCUUAAAGCAUGGGUUUGUGUUUCGGCGAAUUUUGAUAUCAUUGAGACUACAGAGAAUAUCUUAAAGGAGAUCCUUGGAGAUACUUUUAGUGUUGAUGAUUUCAAUUCACCUCAAUAUGCUUUGAAAGAAGAAUUGUGGAACAAGAAGUUCUUUAUUGUUCUGGAUGAUGUUUUUAGUGUUGAUGGUGACAAAUGGAGUAAUUUUAUGACCCCUUUUCAAUAUGGGAAUAAGGGAAGUAUUGUUCUUUUGAUUACUCAAGAGGAAAACGUUGUUUCAGCAGUUAAGGAUUGUCGCCCUUAUUUUCUCAAUGAGUUGUCUGACGACAAUUGUUGGUCGGUGUUUGCAGAAAAUGCAUCUUUCCCAGAAUCAAAUGGGAACAAGGAGCUUGAAAGCAUAGGUCGAGAGAUUGUCAAGAAGUGUGAUGGCGUGCCAUUAGUUGCAGGAAUACUUGGAGGCUUGUUUCGUACAAGGCAUGAUGUUGAUGAAUGGAACAAGAUAUUAAGGAGUGCUAUUUGGGAAUUUCCGGUGGCGAAGAGUAAGAUUAUUCCAGCAUUACUGAUAAGUUACUUCCAUCUUCCUGCAGAUUUAAAGCCUUGUUUCCUUUAUUGUUCGUUGUUUCCAAAAGGCUAUUUUUUUCAUAAAGAUGAAUUAAUCUUGUUGUGGAUGGCUGAAGAUAUUUUACAACCACCAAAGAGAGGAUAUACUUUAGAAGAAAUUGGUUGCAAGUAUUUUGAUGAACUAAUUUCUAGAUUAUUUUUCAAAAGGGUUCAGGGUCAAGACAAUUAUUUUGUGAUGCACAAUAUCUUGCAUGACUUAGCAAUAUCCCUUGCUGGAGAUUACUAUUGCAACUUGAAAGAACUUGGCGAAGAAGCGGAGAUAGGGAUUCUGACUCAACAUUUGUCAUUUGGAAGAUUGAAUAGUCCAAACUCAAAAAUACUUAAUUCCGUUGCUUCGUUGAAAUCUUUGAGAACAUCCUUGUAUGUCGUCGAUUUGUUUAGCAUGAGAAGCAUAGCAUCAAAGCUGAAUUGCUUGAGAGUUUUAUCCUUUUAUGAACUUGAUGUAUUGCCUGAUUUAAUAGGUUCAUUGAUUCAUCUACACUAUUUGAAUCUCUCUUGGACCAAUAUUAAGACAUUGCCCGAGUCCUUAUGUAACUUGUACAGUCUACAAACAUUAAAGUUGUGUGAAUGUAUUAAGUUGACCAUGUUGCCUAGGGGCAUGCAUAAGCUUGUGAAUUUAAGGCAUCUUGAUGUUAGAAAAACUCCUUUGAAAGAAAUGCCGGGAGGAAUAAGCAAAUUGAAAGAGUUGCAAUUCUUAAGUGAUUUUGUUGUGGGCAGACAAGAAGAGAAUGGAAUCCGAGAAUUAGGAGGGCUUUCAAAUCUUCACGGAUCACUUGGGAUUCAGAAAUUGGAGAAUGUGGUUGAUGCCAAUCAGGCAAGGAGUGCAGGGAUAGAUAAGAAGCAUAUUGACGAGUUAUUGUUGAAAUGGUCUUCAGACGAUGAUAUGGUUUUAAUAAAUGCACAAACUGAAAUACAAAUACUUGACAGCUUAAAACCUCACAACGGCUUGAAAGAGUUGAGAAUAUGGGGAUACAAGGGUCCAAUAUUUCCAGAUUGGUUGGGGCACUGUUACUACGAAAACAUGACAAGUGUAUCUCUGUUAGAUUGCAAGAAUUGCUUCAUGCUGCCUUCACUUGGACACCUGCCUUCUCUAAAGUCCCUCCGCAUUCAAGGUUUUGAUCAGCUGAGGAGUAUUGGCGAGGAGUUUUACAAGAAUGAAGCACCGUUUCCCUCACUGGAGACUUUGGAGUUAUAUAACAUGCCAUGGUGGGAGGAGUGGCACUUUCCUGGCUCAGAAACUUUUCCUCGACUCCGGAAGCUUCAAUUAAGAAAUUGUCCAAUGUUAAAGGGAAAAAUGCUUAAUGCCGUAUUCUGGGGAAUCGUUUUGAAAGUUCCAGAAGGACGGAGAGAGAUGAUACUUAACAGCGAUACUUUUUCAAUUAAGGCAAUGAGCAUCAACAAUCUAAGUUACCUCCAAGAAAUACACAUCUCAAGGUGUCGGUCUCCUUUAUCCUUUCCGGACAAUUGUUUGCCCAAAUCUUUGCAAAAGCUGACAAUCAUGGAUUCCAGAAUGCUGGAAUUUCCGCAGCAACAGCCACAGAUCAAGCAUGAUUUGGUAGAGCUACAAAUACAAGACAGCUGCGAUUCACUCACCUCGCUAUCAUUGGAUUCCUUUCCCAAACUCAAGAAUCUUGAGAUAUCCUUGUGUCGGAAUCUGGAAUCAGUUUCAAUGUCAGAUACACCACACGCUUCUCUUCAACGUCUCACCAUCAAUGGAUGCCACAAAUUAGUGUCAUUUGCAGGAGAAGGACUGGCUGCACCCAACUUGACUCAUCUCAGCGUCACAUAUUGCGACAAGUUGGAGGCAUUUCCGAGUCACAAGAAUGCUUUUCCAAGUUUACAUUCUCUCUGCAUACAAGCUUGCCAGAAAAUGUGUAAGGUGCCAGAGGGUGGUUUGCCGCCUAACUUGAAAGAACUUGUUGUGGAAGGUAGCGACGAAUUAAUGAAAGAUCUAUCAUGGAUGGCCAACUUGGUCGCCCUCACUGAGCUUACUUUGGAUUUUUGUUGCGUGAGGUCAUGCACACAGGUUGGGUUGCUGCCUCAGCUUCCCUCCCUUACCAGUUUGCACCUCUGUUACUUUCAAAAUCUGGAGACUUUGGAGUGCAACAAGCUUUUUUGCCUCACUUCGCUCCAACAAUUACACAUUUCAUACUGUCCAAAGCUGGAGAACAUGGAAGGAGAAGAGUUGCCUCCCUCUCUCUUGCUACUCACAAUUGAAGACUGUGGUUUGCUGGGAGAACACUGCAAGAACAAGCAUCAACUAAUUUGGCCCAAAAUUGCCCACAUCCCCACCAUUCAAGUCAAUGGCCAACAAAUUUCCUGAGUAGAGAACACUGAUCAGUGCAGCAAACACUUUUUGGAGCAAGCGCUUUUUGGAGUUCCUCUCUACAUUCCCAUUAUCAUCAAGUGAAUGAUCGGAUGGUCAAAUAUUCUUUUGUUCAAAUGGAGAUUCUUCACUCCUAAUGCUUCAAGUAGAACUGCUGGAAAAACUGUCAUUUCUUUCAUUUUGUUGAUGUGUGUCUGUCCUUGCAUAAGAGUUGUGUAUGUAUGCUUAUUAGUACUUCUAAGUUUUGAGACAUCUUCGUAGCUUUGAUUUGGAUAAUAGUUACCUUCCUGUGGGUUUUUUUUAUCUCUCACCUUGAGAGGUUUUUUCCCACAUUAAACUUUGGUGUGACUAUAUUAUGUUUGGGUGCUUCUAUAUUAUGCCUUUGUCAGGUCUAUUCCUUCUCACUAUUCUUAGAGUGAAGUCAAAUGUAAUUAAGUAUAUUGCCUAUGAACCAUAAAUAUAUAGGAUUCACAAGAUUAGAAGGUUAAGAAAAUUAUAUUAAGUCAAAAAUUAAAGUGAGUAAUUAAGCUGGUAUAUAUGUAGUGUUAUGUAUGUAAGUUCAACUUUGUGCUAGAGUGCAUGAUUGGGUUCAAGUGUAUGUUAUUAAUUUGUUAAUCAAAGGCAUAAGU